AUGAAGGUCAUACUACCUCUCCUUGGCUUUGCAUCCGUCGCCCUCGCACACUGGAACUACGACCGCCUCAUCCACAAUGACGCGAUAGUUGGAGACUAUUAUACCUACAUCCGACGCACGUCCAACUCCAACUCGCCCGUCACUGAUGUGUCCUCCACCGACAUGCGCUGCAACGUGGGCGGUGCCUCCGGUAACGGAACGGAAACUUACGAAGUCGCCGCUGGCGACCAGAUCGGCUUCGUCAUCAAUGCCGAGUUCGGGCACCCCGGCCCCCAACAAGUUUAUAUCUCGAAGGCACCAGGCGCUGCGACAGAUUAUGAUGGGAGCGGUGACUGGACCAAGAUCUACAGCGCGACUACGAGCAACAUUACCAGCCAAGGAUUGGAGUGGGCAACCAACGGCAUCACUUCGUUCGUGUUCAAGAUUCCAUCCGAGACUCCAGCCGGCGAAUACCUCGUGAGAGCCGAGGGACUUGCGCUUCAUGGAGCAAGCGCCAAGGGUGGCGCUCAAUGGCCCAGCGCUGUGGCCGGCGGGAACUAA